AUGACCACGGCAGGAAACAUGCCGCAUGCUUCGCGGCGGACUCGAUCCCAAGCAUCCGAGGAAUACUAUACGUCCGGAAGCAUUCGAGUUCCCGGUGAUCUGGCCUAUAAUAUCAGUCAGGUUGAAGGAAGAACAAGAACAAGCCAUCGAUCAAGCGACGACAAAAACCCAGUACACGAAGAUGGCUUUUCCAACGAGGCCUUUCGAGCCGGCGGGCCAUACCUCUGCACGAUGCCGACAUCCACCUCCCCCGUUUCUAAAAGUCAUCAUACGUUCGGGUUUAUUGAGAAUGAAAAAUUCCGACUCGUCGACGAAAUCUUUGAUCUCCUCUUCAACAGAGGUAUUAAGUCUGCCAAGAUGGUCGACUUCUUCUAUGAGCAGUCUAGACACGAGCCCAAGUCCGAGCCUACUCUAACUCUGAGCGUCUUGGCCACAAAGGAGACUUUCGAUGAUUUGUGGCUCGAUGUAAGCAGGGAAAUCUAUGACGAAGAGCGUGGCUUCGGGCCUGAAGUAUCCUUCCCUGUGCGCACCCAGGAUCCAAUAUGCGCAAAGUGGCCUAGUGCUUUUUUUUUUUUUUUUUUUUUUUGCUCGAUCUGGACGCGUUGUGCGGUUGACGAGGUCAGCUCGAUUGGGUGUUUUAGAAUUGGCCACAAUUGGAGAGGUAUGAGGGACGAAAUAGUCCGCAUUCUGGACAGUCAUGAUUUGUCGAUGGUCGCCGUCAAGAUACAAGCGGAUAAGAUCCUUCGAAGAAAUCGAGGAAACGCGUUGAGCGAUCCGGAUGGAUUUGUUGCUGACUGGGUCAUUUCAGGGCCUGCCCGGGUUGGCCAGAGCCUGGGUAGGCAGGGAGUUCAAGAUGGUUCGGGUACAUUUGGUGGCUUCCAGGAGCUGAGGUACCCCUCAAGCCAAGAUUGGGUAACCUAUGGCAUUACCUGUUCCCGGUGUGUUCUCCCAGAGGACAAUCAGGUCGAAAGUCCGGAUGCACACGUGCUCCAAGAAUGGCGCCUAAAUGGGUUCGGUCUGGAAAACGAAGUAGCCCGUAAUGAAGUCAUCUCAGAGAGGCAGAUUGAAAUUAACGAUGCUGGCGACUUCUUUAUGCCAGCAAACGAAAAGAACCCUAACGUCAAGGUCAUCCUAGACAACUACCAAGGCAUGAAAAGCCGCAUGGAGGAGCUCUGGCGCUUGAAUAGGCAUCACCUGGGUAGUGUUUUUGCUGCCCCGGGGGAGCGUGUCAAAGAAUCAGUAACCAUGUCUUCAGUUGAGAAUCCUGAAUGUCAUGUCGAUUGGGCCUUAAUUGAUGCCCCAAAUCACCGUAUUAAGGAUAACGAGGUAAUGGCAUUCGGGCCCAGGGGCGGUUUUCUUUUCAGCGAAGGCAGGAAGCUCUGGGGUCCGUACCAAGGAACCCUUAAUCCCGGCCUCACUUUUUAUAAAUGCGGCCGUGUCACCAAGCACACCGAGGGAAAUUAUAACGGACUCAUGACUGCUCACAUUACUCAUGAUUUGGUAAAUGGAUCCAUGGUUGGUCUGUUAUUUGCCGGUAAUGAGAGGUCUCGGGUGUCGUACUUCACCCACGUUGACGACCUAUUUGAUAAUCUCAAGCAAAUAACCAAAGCGGCUAAGAUUAAAAUAAUAGUCACCCUUUAA